AUGAACAUGAGAUUACUCGCCUCAUGGCACUUGAUUGUGCUACUAAUUUCUUGUCACAGCGCCAAGGGCGAUUGGCAUGUGAACGUGGACCAGUGGAACAAAGUCCGACCAUCAAGAGACAACAUCAAAACCAUACCAGAUGCAACUCAGAAUAAAUCCAGCGACUGGACUUUAGAUAUUCGAUAUCCACACCCACAAAGCCCUCGGACACCUGAUUUCUGGAGCGACCUACCAGUGCGCGAUGAUAUCCGGUUUCAUAUUGAGCAAACAUGUACUCAAUCAUUGUCCUCCUGCAAUUUCAUUCUGCCAGAGGUCGCCACCGUUAUCCCUGAGGCCUUGAAUAACGUGUUCAAGUACCUCUAUACACCUCCUGCACCGGGGCACUAUCACCGCGGCGGCCCCAGGGAAAUCAGAAACUCCUUCACUCCCGCGCCCCCUGAAAUCAAUUCCAUCACAAUCUCCAUCGACAACUCCGUCGUCGAAAGAGGCGGGGAAAGAGUAGCAGGCUAUACUGAGCCGGCUGAACCGUCCUCUUCACAUCGAAAGUUGCACCUUAAACUCGACUGGUUCCAACAAAGUCUCAUUGAUCCGAAGUCGUGGCAGAGCCGAAGGUUGCUGCGAGCUGUUCUGGCACAGAUCCUCACGCAUGAACUGACACAUGUCUACCAACACAAGCUUCCUGCGUCGAGCUACGGGAUUAUACGAGUUAAAAAGGCAAAACCUCUGCCGAAAGGGUUAGCGGAGGGCAUUGCCACGUUUGUCACGCUCAAAUCCGACCUGAAAUGGCAAGGCUAUCAAAGACCCAAGUCUAAAAACGAACUUCCAGCCCGGUGGGAUUAUGGAUAUCAACAUACGGCUUUCUUCCUUCUAUGGCUCGAGGAGUUCAAGGCCGGGGAGGGUGCUGUGGCAGUCUUGAACGAUUUGGUCCUGAGAGACUACUACUGGGGUGAAUAUGGGAACGAGGACGGCGGCACUAGAUUCUGGAUCGAGCUUUUUGGAGCCAGCCCGGAGGUCCUUUGGGCUGAGUACAUCCACUAUGUGGAGAAACAUUGCUCGAGCCACGGAAAGGUCAGGUACCUGGGGAGGGGCUUAUUCGACUGGUCUCGAUACGACAUUUCGGCUAGGAAAAUAUUCGGCUUGCUCAAGGGCAGUCUGAAAGAGUCUGUAUCCUAUGCAACUCCGCUUUUUCAAUUCCUCAAUUGGAAAUUCUUCAUCAAUACCUGCUGGCAGGCGUUUUGGUUCGCGGGGGCCAAUUACUACAUCCUGCAACUUGUGGCCUUUUUCAAAUACGUUGGCCACUUCUUCACCUAUAUCAAGUAUUACGUCCAAGGUCUUUGGGAUAUUCGCCCACUGAAUUCGCAAACAUUGUCCAAUGGCUUGCUUUUGUGCCGCAAAAUACUGUUUGCCAUUGGUGGAUUCUUAAAGAAUGCCCUCCGGGUUUUGAAUCUAGGUCUACGCAUCUUGAUAAACAUAGCGACUAAGCUUGGGUGUUCUGUUUUUAUUCUAUGGGUAUUGUCAAAAUGGUGUCGCGCAUUCUUUUGGCCCUUUUUCACCAGUUCUGAAGAGCCUGGCUCUCCAUUGCCUCGCCAACAAUAUCGACCUCAUCUCCAUCAGCCUGAGGUUGAGCCUCAGACUCGACCCCAACACCGACGCCCAUCGUCUUCAGCUCAACCCCCACCACGAGUCAACAAGGCUUCUUUUAUUCAUCGAGACCCUUCCCCCCUGCUCCUCCUUCACCUCCCUCGCCACCUCCACCUGCGCCCCUGGCGCCGUCCAUACCCAACAACCGGCCCUCAAGCAGUCAAGUGA